AUGGAAUCCAACACAAAUGCCUGCUCGGUGACCAUGAUCUGGGAUAAUCAAAAGGAGCAAAUCCUAAUAAGUGAGGUCAUCUUAGCCAGACCGUUCCAGUAUAGGCAGGGCACACGUGAACGGGGGAGAGCAUGGCAGGAGGUUGCUGACGCCAUGAGGGCAAGCAACUUUAAGGUUGACAAACGCGCUGUCCAGGACAGAAUGACAAGUUUGAUGGAGAGAGUGAAGGCGAAGAAUAAGAGGGAGACGGCAGCAAGUGGAAUAGCGGUGGAGGAGACGGACGAGGAGAGGAAGAUAAGAGAGUGCGUGGAAGAUAUGUUACAGGAGGAGGAGGACAUCGAAAGUGCCCAUCAGAAGGAGAAAGGGGGCGAGGAGAAGAAGAAGGCAGAUGGUGCUGAAAUGCGAAAACGGGCUUGUGAAACGUAUAGAGAAACUCAAAAGAGAGUGGUGACAGCAGUAUCACACCAAAAAAGGAGGAACAGUGGGAGUGAGACCAUAAGCCUGAUCCAAAGGAAAAUGGAGAUGGACCAGACAAUGCGCCGUGAGGAGAUGUUGAGGAGGGCAGAGGAAGAGGAAAGAAGAAGAGGAGAGGAAAGAGAGAAGGAACGCAGAUUUGAGUUUCUGCAACAGCAGCAGCAGUUCCAGCAACAAAUGCAACAGCAACAACAGCAGUUUCAGCAGCAGCAGCAACAAAUGCAACACCAACUACUGCAACAAAACCAGCAAAGUCAGACCAUAAUGAUGGGACUUUUGAAGGCUCUUGAAAAGAGGGAUUAAAUGUGUGCAUGAUUGGUACUGUUUAUUGCAUGCCCUUUCAGUUGAACUCUUCUUACAGUUGAACAUUUUUGUACAUUUACAUACAUGUGCUUGCAUGAAACAGUUUUUCUCAGGAAAAAGGUUUGCUACAUUAGUUCAACUCUACAGAAAUAUUGUACUAAAUAAUUAAGUUCUUUAUUUUUUUGUGUACAAACAGCAUAUCUUGCCCAUAGGACAUAAGAGGUUUAAUAUGUUGAUAUCAUGACCAUGCCGUCAACUUUCUUUUGAUUUGUAUAAACAUGUAUGUAGCUGAUGAAAAUGUUACUUUGGAAUACGAGUUAUAAAGGAAGUCGCCCUUUGUUGCAAAACUUCAUCUGCAGGUGACAUUUGACAUCGGGAGAAUACUUUUAUCAUCAUGCCUCCCAAUUUAGAAAUUGAAAAGAAAAAUGCAACUCAGCAUAUUUAUUUCAUUUUCUUUGUUUUGUUAAGGUGAUCCUCAUGCCUUGAGAGGAAAACGUUAAUUUUACAUAUAAAUAACAUUCUUUCAAUUAAUUAUAUGGCGAGAUGCCCCAUGAUGUUGAUUUUUUUCUUCUUUAUACGAAUGUUCAUAAAUUACUGUAUAUUGCUUAUUGUACUCAUAAAGCAGGAGUAGCAAUUGGGAAUGGGAAGGUCCAGAGCUGCCAACCCUCCCUGAUUUUGUGCACGACUUCCCUAGAAUUGGUCCAUCUCUCGACUCCUGUCAAGCCAAUAUCCCAUCAUCUAAAUAUCUCACAGAUUAUCAACUGAUAAUCAAAAAGAUUUUUCAGAUGUGUUUGGAGUUAAAAGAUGGACCAAUUAUAGGGAAGUCGUGCACAAAAUUAGGGAGGGUUGGCAGUCCUGCAUGUUCUUUCUUAACUUAUUUAUCUUUGGUUAUUACAAAGAAAGUAUUCUCAUGUUCUAGUUGUUGUUUUCGUUGGUGUU